CUGACUAAGUACCAGUAGUAAGUUCGUGGACAGUCAUGGACAAAACCGGACAAAAAUGGCACAAGUUCCUCCCCAGAGCGGCCCUUGUGGGCUCGCUUCUGAAACACUGCAAAGAUCAUCUUCAAAUUCGACAGGAGCUGAGGGAGUUUAUGAAUGAAAUGAAAAAGGACUCCCAGAAGACACAGGAGGACCUCAAAGAUGAGGACUCUGUGGUACGGGAGUGGUACAUCAGGAGGAAAUCGAACGCGGCGUCCGUCGGUCUGACGCACAGGGACCUACUGAUGCGUCAUCAGGAGAAUGAGGUUUGUCACAUAUGUAGAAAAGAGUUCGAAGCCUGUGAAGAGCAGUAUCCAUGUCGAAUAUGUGACAAAGUGUUCCACAAAGAUUGUGUUCUUUCCCUAAAGGAACUGCACCCGUCCCAUCUUACCGCCAUAAAGAGAGCCAACACCAGUGUCGGUUGGAGCUGCCCAGAGUGUGACGACCUGAGUUUACUUUUAAAAGAAAAGGAUCUACAAAGCAUCAUAGAUACUUUCGAUGAAGAAAUCAAUCCUAAAGGAGGACAAAUCACAUUUGAAGAAUUCAUUGAAUACAAGAAAAAACAAUAUGGACGUCAUGUGACAGAGGAUGAACGCAAACAGUUUGAUCUCGAAUUUCGAUUGGUUGAUACAGACGGCAGCGGGACGAUUGAUUGGUGGGAAUUUCUUAAUUUCCAAGCAAAAACGAAAAUUGCUUCAAGGGAACAGGCUGAGUUAGUUCACUUGCUGACGGAAAAAGAAGUGAUGAUGGCAAAGAUUGCCUUCUCCCGGUUGGACAUCAACAAUGAUGGCAGCAUUACGGAACACGAAGCACGGAAGGUGUUCGAUGAGUAUUUUAGUUGUCUCAACAUAUCUGAUGGGAGGAAGAAUACUGGUUCAGAGACGUAUGCCAAGCAUGCCCUUGAACGUGCCAUGUCAUUAGAUGUAAAAGAAAUGGGAUCAGUAACAUGGGAUGAAUUUCUUAAUGGUCAGGCACAAUAUAUCAUUGCUGUUCGCCCAAAUAUGACAGAGUUGAAAUGAAGAAAGCGUGUUGUCGUUUUUGUGAAUUUUUUUAGAGAUAGUUGCAAGCCAUUAAAUGAUUAUUAGAGACAAUGCUAAAGAAGUUGCAAGCCAUCGAAUGAUUAUUAGAGAAAAUGCUAUAGAUUUGCUUGGUAAAUUGUGUUGUGUAAGAGAAUUUUAAAAAAAAUUGCAUAAAUUGCAUUAAAUGUUGUAGAAUUCAAAUUAAGACAUCAAAACCAUUGCCAAUGCAUAAGGUUUAUUUGCUAUAUAAUUAAAAUUAUAUUGAUUAUAACAAUAAUACAAUUAUGUAACAAAAACUGUCCAAAUAAUUAAGUAGAUGAUCCAGUUGCUUUGAUUUUUUCACAACACAUGAGUACAUAUGACUUGGACUACAUGAGUUAAUAUCAAUUCAUAAAUGGGCGACAACUCUCAAACAAAACUACUGUGAUUAUUAACUAGCAGAAAACAAGAUAAAAAGAUUUAUUAUUACAAUGACUUACAUGUAAAUAAAAAGUUCUGAGGCAUUAUUUUUAUAGUAUAAAUAAUCAUGACUAUAGAGUGCAUCAUUCAUAAUCAAACAAUAUUCAACCAAUGGCACCCCAAAAAGUUGUUAACAGACGCAUGUUAUGUUAAUAAAAGUACCUGGUUUUCUA